CCCUUAGUAGAGCAGAGUUGAACUUUGGGGAGCCUGAUAGUGCCAUUGAAAGUUGUGUCAGGACAUUAGCUAUCAAGAUCUUGUCACAUAUAUAAUCCGGAUUCCUUGAAGCGCAUCAAGGUUCAAGAUGGAUGGUGAAUCAGCCAAGGAAGAAAAUGCCGUUGACAACUCAAUUUCAAGUAGUUCCGGCGGUCAGCAUGCUCAUGAACCACAAGGCAACAGGGACAAUGAGUUUGGAAGUGGUUCAGCAAUUCGACGAAGACCUGGCCGGCCUCGAAAGAGAAGAGAUAGCAUCUCUUCUCGACGUCCUACACGUAAAGGUAGGAAUAUACAGAACAAGAGGUGUCGCUUGGAGAAAACAGAAGGAACCAUAUUGUCAUGGUUGAUAGACGUCAAAAUGGUCAAUGAAAACCAGACAGUUUAUUACAUGGAUGGAACUAGCAAGAAGGAAAUAAAAGAAGGGGCUAUUCAACGGGACGGAAUACUGUGUGCAUGUUGCAGCAAGGUCUUCAAUGUACUAGACUUUGAGCGUCAUGCGGGUGGUGAGCUGCACCAACCUUACAAGAACAUCGUCACGGAUGAAUCAACACGUUCCAUCUUAUCCUUUAUGAAAGAAGCUUGGGACAGGAUCGAGGAAGCUGGAAUUCAGACACCAGAAGAUAUCAUGCCCAAAAGAAAUGCUGCUGCAGCUGCUAAUGAUGAUGGAUAUGACGAUGCUUGCAUAAUAUGUGCGGAUGGGGGAAAUUUGAUUUGCUGCAAACUAUGUUCUUCAACUUAUCAUGGUGACUGCAUGGAGGUGAAACCUGAAGAUGAUUGGUUGUGCGCUUAUUGUGUCUGUAAAUUUUGUGCAGAACCAUGCAAAACCGACGAUUAUCUAAUCUGUUGUUUUCAAUGCGAGAGGAGAUAUCACUGGGAAUGCUUCCAAGAGAAGAAUCCAGAACCAAUCAAUCUCAAUAGUCCUAGCACCCCAUUUUGUGAACAAAAUUGCAAAGAGGUUUAUCGGAAAUUGGAGAAGAUGUUGGGAGUGAAACAUGAACUUAGUGAAGGAUUCUCCUGGACUCUACUUCGACGAAUGGAUCCAGACUUUGGUGUCUCUUUAAGUGAUUCUUAUCAAAUUACUGAGUGCCACUCCAAGCUCACAAUUGCAAAGUAUUUAAUUGAGGAAUGUUUUGAUCCCAUAAUAGACCGCUAUACCCAAAUCAACACAGUUCACAAUGUUGUGUAUAAUUGCAAGUCAACUUAUAAUCGGGUCAACUUUAGGGGGUUCUAUGCUGUUAUCCUGGAAAAGGGAGAUGAAGUCAUCACAGCAGCAACUUUGAGGUAUAAAAUAGAAAUAAUUAUCUAG